AUGUAUUUCUUCUCAGAAUGGUCUUGGUCUGAGAAACAAGCUUCCUGUCCCAAUCAAAGUGUUACAACGAGCCCAGUAGAGCAAAAUGGCACGGGGACGGAGAUUAGUCCCACCACUGUGAUACUGGGGACAGAUGGAAACAUUUCGGUUCUACCUGGCACAGUGACCGGGGACGGGGAUGAUGAUGAUGAAGGAGGAGAUGAGAAUAAAGCGAGGGGAAACUGGUCCAAUAAAAUGGACUUCAUUCUAUCAAUGGUUGGAUAUGCUGUUGGUUUGGGGAAUGUCUGGAGAUUCCCAUACCUAGCCUUCCAAAAUGGAGGAGGUGCUUUCUUGAUUCCUUAUCUAAUCAUGUUGGGCCUUGCUGGAAUCCCCAUAUUCUUAUUGGAGGUGUCCUUGGGGCAGUUUGCAAGCCAAGGACCCGUGUCCGUAUGGAAAGCAAUCCCUGCUCUUCAAGGUUGCGGGAUUGCCAUGUUGAUAAUAUCAGUCUUGAUAGCCAUAUACUAUAACAUAAUAAUGUGCUGGACAUUGUACUACCUGUUCGCUUCGUUGAAGGGCUCACUCCCCUGGGCGAACUGCAAGAAUAAAUGGAACACUCAACACUGCAAGGACAAAGACAUGCUUCUUCUUGAUUCAUGCAUUCUGCGGGAUGGGAACGCCACCUCUAUAAGGAAUACUACACUAUGUUUGUCUGCUGAUGUCAUUGGGAAUCUGAGCAAACUCACUAACAUCACAUCUGAGAUCAACAAAACCUAUGUCAGCCCAAGUGAAGAGUAUUUUAAAUAUAAUGUACUGAACAUCUCCAAAGGAAUAGAAUACCCAGGGGAAAUCCGCUGGCCUCUGGCCCUCUGUCUUCUCUUGGCCUGGGUUAUUGUCUACGCCUCACUGGCUAAAGGAAUCAAAUCAUCUGGGAAGGUGGUGUAUUUCACGGCUACGUUCCCCUACGUGGUGCUGGUGAUUCUGCUGGUCAGAGGAGUUACUCUGCCUGGAGCUGGGGAUGGCAUCCUCUACUUCAUCACUCCCAAGUGGGAGAAACUCUACGAUGCCAAGGUGUGGAAGGAUGCUGCAACCCAGAUCUUCUUCUCCUUGUCAGCAGGCUGGGGUGGACUUAUCACGCUGUCCUCCUACAACAAGUUCCAUAACAACUGCUACAGGGACACCAUCAUUGUGACCUGCACCAACAGUGCCACCAGCAUCUUUGCAGGGUUUGUCAUCUUCUCUGUCAUCGGGUUUAUGGCUCAUGAGCUGAAAGUGCCCAUCGAACAGGUGGCUGAUGAGGGUCCUGGCAUAGCCUUCGUAGUGUAUCCAGAGGCCCUCACCAGACUUCCUCUCUCUCCUUUCUGGGCCAUCAUCUUCUUCCUUAUGCUACUCACCCUGGGACUGGAUACCAUGUUUGCCACCAUUGAGACCAUAGUGACGUCUGUGUCAGAUGAGUUCCCCAGAUAUCUGAGGAAGUACAAGGCCCUCUUCACCCUGGGGUGCUGCACCUCUUUCUACAUCCUGGGGUACCCCAUGAUCACAGAGAAUGGAAUGUAUAUGCUUCAGCUGGUGGACACAUACGCAGCCUCAUACUCUCUGAUCAUCAUCACCAUCUUUGAACUUGUGGGAGUUUCAUACAUUUAUGGUCUGAAGAGGUUCUGUGAAGACAUUGAAAUGAUGAUCGGGUUCCAGCCAAACAUGUUCUGGAGGGUCUGCUGGGCCUUUGUGACCCCCACCAUUCUCACAUUUAUCCUGGGUCUGAGUCUGUACCACUGGAAGGUGAUGACCUAUGAGACCUACACCUACCCCACCUGGUCCAUGGUGAUGGGCUGGCUCAUGGUGGUGUGUUCUGUUAUCUGGAUCCCCAUCAUGUUUUGCAUCAAGAUGCACCUGGCCCCCGGCACCUUCAUCCAGCGUCUGAAGCUAGUGUGCUCCCCUCAGCCGGACUGGGGUCCCUUCCUGAUGAAGCACAGAGGAGAACGAUACAAGAACAUGAUGGACCCGCUAGGAACCAACUCCCUGGGGCUCAAACUCCCUCCUAAAGGCCUUCAGCUGGGCCAGACCCAGUGCUAA